AACUAAUACAAAAAAAUUUUUAUUCUUUUUUUCCUAUCCCUGAUCACAAAAAUGCUCGCAAAUCUCGCUAAACAUCCACGUCACUGCUAACUCUCUUCUCUGCUUCACGCUUUUCUUCUCACGGUCUCGUCGGCAAUGGUCGUUUAAUUUUUCUUCUCUCCGAAAAUUCCAACUACAAGCUUAAAAAAUGAAAAAUCUGUUAAUUUCUGGAUUUUUUUAAUUAACUCUAAACUCUGAUUUCUUCUUUUUUAAGUUUUUUUGGGAAGUGAAAUUUUGGGAGGGGUUAAUACUUCAUAAUAGAAACGGUUAGUGUUUGGGAAGGAAGUGAGAUUAAAGGAUCAGUUAGGAAUUGAAUUUUGUGACUGCACGCAAAUGGUAGCUGCAGUGUCCGCAACGGCAAACCCCAAACAACACGGAGGAGGGCAACAGCUACACCAACACCCGUCACGCCCUCCGUUAUUGCCUUCCGAACCCGACAAUGGCAUCGCUCUGCGCCGUCAAAAAUUUUGUGAUGUCAAUUCUCGUUAUUUGUGCACGGCAUCAUCCUCCUCUAAUUCUUCCACGUCAUCGACUUCUUCUUUCGUAGCUUCGGCCAAACGGUGUCUGUCGCCGUUGGUUUCGAGGACUUCUUCUCAUUCGAAGGCCAUUACCACUCCAACGCACGCGACUCCAUCGGCUAUCAAGCGGUCGCAAUCAGUGGAACGGAGAUAUGCGGUGACGCCGCGGCCUAAUAAUUCUAUGGAAUCGAGAACCUGUAACGGUUACAACAACAGUGAAUUAUCCACUGUUCAGAAGUCGCCCUUCACUUCGACGAGAAGCUUAUCGGUUUCGUUUCAGGGAGAGUCGUUUUCCUAUCAGUUUAGCAAAGCUAAAUCAGCUCAAUCUCCAACCUCGGCAAGGAAAGGAACGCCGGAGAGGCGGAAGCCAACUGUGGCAACGACGACUCCGGGGAGAGGAACAGAUCAAACAGAGAAUUCAAAGACGGAGCGGUGGCCGGCGAGGUUAAGGCAACCGAAUUCAAAGAGUAGAAGCAUGGAUUGCACCGACGAGAGGAAGAGAUUAAACGGAUCUGUUAACGGCAAUGUAGUUAGGGCGCUAAAAAAUUCAAUGAAUGAUAAUGGAGAUUUAACGGCCGUUAUAGCCGUUGGUUCUGAGGCUCAAUGUGAUCCCGUGGCUUCUGAUACUGAAAGUCUUUCUUCUGGUAGUACUAGCUCUUGUAACGGUAACGGCGACGUUAGACGUGGGCCUCAGGGGAUAAUGGUUCCGGCCCCGUUUUGGCAAGAGACUAACAGUCGGUUACGCCGGUCCGAUUCUGGCUCGUCGGUUUGCAAGAAAAAUACAGCGCACUCUAAGCGAGUUGCACCAGACAAGUUCGGAAUUGUUUGUCCUCUGUCGUCUCCAUUAGGUGUAGUGAACAGCCGAGGACAGUUAUCGCCAAUUCGUGGGCCAGUUCGGCCUGCAUCGCCGAGUAAGCUUGGGGCCUCCUCAACUUCGUCCCCUUUGAGGGGAAUGAGUCCCUCUAGAGUGAGGAAUGGAUUGGGUAGUAAUUUGGUUAAUACACCGUCGAUUUUGAGCUCUACUGGUGAUGUUAUUAAGAUGGGUAAGAUUGGGGAGAAUAAGGUUUCCGAUGCUUAUUUGUUGAGACUACUUCAUAACCGGUUGUUGCAGUGGCGUUUUGUUAAUGCUAGGGCAGAUGCUGCUCUAUCUUCCCAAAGGUCUAAUGCAGAGAAAAGUCUCUAUAAUGCAUGGAUAACUACGUCAAAACUGCAAGAAUCUGUUAGAGCCAAAAGAACUGAGUUACAGUUGCUGAGGCAAAACUUGAAAAUGAACACCAUCCUCAAGGGCCAAAAGAUAUUUUUGGAUGAAUGGGCUGUCCUGGACAAUGAUUAUUGCAGUUCUUUGUCUGGGGCUACUGAAGCUUUGGUGGCUAGCACACUUCGUCUUCCAGUUGUUUGUGGGGCAAGGGCUGAUGUCCCAAAAUUGAAGGGUGCUAUUUGUUCAGUGGUUGAUGUUAUGCAGGCAAUGGCAUCCUCUAUAUGCUCAUUAUUAUCAAAGGUUGCAAAAGUUAACUCUUUGGUGGCUGAACUUGGAAAUUUAAGUGCAAAUGAAUUUGCUUUACUCAAUCAGUGCGAAGAACUUCUGUCAACAAUUGCAGCCAUGCAGGUGAAGGAAUUUAGCCUGAGAACACACAUUUUACAGGCAAAUCGUUUGCCUUCUAGCUUGACAACAAAAUUGUAAAGCUCAUGUGCCUUCCUCUAACACUAACACGACAUCAACCCAUUAUAUUUGAUCCGAAUUUAUGGUUCUAAAGGUAAUAAGAAAGGUUUCAAUGAUCGUCUGGUUUUACAAGCUUGAGAGUGAUAAUUUGGCCUUUGUUUAUUAUUAUUUUUUUUAUACAUGAAAUUUUGCUUUAUGUGCAAUUUGAUGUGUAGGUUGGGGAAAUUAUUCUCGUUGUGGUGUUAGAUAGCUUUAUAGGUAACCUUUUUUUUUCUUAUAGGCCAAAGGAAAGUGUGUAAAUAUGUAUGAAUGAUGUUUCCAAUUUUAGUCAAUGGUUCUUAAGUUGUCGCUGUUUGCUUUCAUAUAAUGAAUGAUGUAUAAUCUUCUGAUGCGCAUCUUCUUUGUCCUGCAAUUUUCUUUAUUUGGUUAGAGUGAAAACUACAUGUAACUCCAACCUUCUAUUCUUUGUUUGGUAGAAAAAUGGAAAAAUACAAUUAAGCAAAAUAGAAUAAUGGAAGGAAAUUUCUUUUCUUUUUUUUUUUUUUCCAUGUGUGUUGGCAAGAAAAAUGAAAAAUUAGAUGGGAAAAGUUCUUAAAUAACAAUCAUGUUAAUUAAUCAUUGUAUCAA